AACAAGGAGCUUCACUUCAACGUAUUCAAUGCAUAAUACUCCCAUUUACCGGAGGGCCAUCCGAUUCGUAAAUGACGUCACUACUUUAUAGUAAACACUCCCAAAUUGGUGACGUCACUAGGGCUGAUGCUUUCGGAGGGGUAUAUAAUAGCCUGACCUCGCUGCGUGUGUUUACUUCGUUAUCCAGAAGCAGCUGAUGGGUUCGGGAACAGACGGAUAAGUUCUCGCGCGAAAGAGAUCGGAUUCAUUGGCGGUUGGCUCAGUGAGGUGUGCGUUAUUGUGUGUGUUCAAUACUCUUUAUGCGAGUGUGUAUGUAUCGCACGUGUCUGUGUAUGUCAAUGAACUGCCGAGUGUUUCACACAGUGCGUACACAGUGCUGGCUUCGGUUUGGCUAUUAGGAGGCGUGCCAGACACAACGAUUGCAUUUAGCUGCAAACCGCGCUGUUUUUAUCAGCACUCAUUCAGCCGUUACACUUCAAACAGUCUGCGAUCUUCUCACUGAGCAGACACUCCGUGGAAGUGAAAAAAAAUCUCUCGUCGGGUAUUGAGCAAUUACCAAACACCGAGGCGAGGUGGCGGUGUUUCGGAGUCGUGAAAGGAUAACUUUCUAGUUCUUUCAUCUGCUGCUUUUCCCGACGUCCCUUGGAUCAAUAAAUAGCUCUCAACUGCAGCAACUCUCCAUCCCAUCAUCGCUUUACCUGGAUUUUAUAACUGUUGGAAAUAUAUCAAUCUUGCCCAGACGUCUGAUCAUCAUCAUCAUCAUCAACCUGCAUCUCAUUCUCUCCCAGUGGCAGUAGUGAGAAAUAUUGGAUUUUAAACUUGGAAUAAAUCACUCAUUUCUUUAUUUCGCUUUUUAGUCAUCACUUAAUCUCUUCAACCGAGAUGGAAGCCGAUCAAAUAUUUACUGCUGACUGCAUCAAGAAGAGGCGGAUUAGAGGGGGCAAGGUGCAAUAUUUGGUGAAAUGGCGGGGAUGCUCUAGCAAAUACAAUACCUGGGAGCCCGAGCAUAAUAUUUUAGAUCUUAGCUUGGUUCGCGACUUCGAGGAAAGAUUACUCGAGGAGUACAGGAAGGGUCGACCUGGUCGAAAACCUACCCUCCUUAAAAUCAAGGAAUUGAAAACAUGGCGGAAAACCAACGACCUGUACUCGAAGGAACGGCAAUACCGCCUUCUCACCGAACUGACUCAGAACAAAGAACACGAAGCAAGCAAACCAAAGACUAAUACUGAAGAACAGAAUACCAAUCAGCCAGAAAAGGUCAUCACGAGCUUGGCUGGUGUAGAUGAGAAAAAUCACUUCAAGGAUGCCAACGGCAACUACCCUAUAGUGUCCAACCGCGAACAUGACCUGAAGGUUCUCAAGAAACCAAAAACUCUGUUUUUACGCGAUCACCAGAAUGAAAGUAGCCAUCUUUUGCAGGUGCAGCGUCAACAGCAAUUCGGCAACUGCCGCGAUGCCAACUCUCCGAUCGCCGGCAGCCUUCCUACACCUUGUGCAGCUACCCCUACGUCAGCAUCCCUACCCACAACACCGACCACUGAUCCAUUCAGAUCGAUGGCAUCACCAAUCAGCCCCGUCGCUGUUUCUCCGACGCCGUCGGUAGGUAGCUUGAAACAGGGCAAGUUUGCACUUCUGCGCAAAUACCGCAACUCUGUCGAGGAGAACCUUCAGGUGACCGUUACGGAUGUGACCGUCGGAGAUGUGACAGUAGCUAUCCGGGAAGGAAACAUGCCAACUGGUUUCUUCAGGGAAUGCGAAUCACCUUCAUCGGUAUCUGGCCAAAGUAGCAAUGGUUGGUGUAGCUCGUAGCUCAAGGUCACGUGGCAUUGCGAAAAUGCAAGAUUCCUUUGUAUUGUGAAGGUGCAACUGUUGGAACUCAGAAGAUCAUGAUACCGUAUGUCAAGGUCCCUUUUCGAAGUGAACUCUGAGGUGAAUUUCGGCCAGAAGGUCGUUGUUCCUAUCAUCGCGGACAACUGGUCAAUCUCUGAUAGUUCGUCAAGUACAGUUUCAACCAGCAAAAUGUUCAACAUGACUGAUGAGCCAGCUUUUUUGGCGUGUACCAGGGAACAAUUCCCUUCUUGUAAUCUUGGUUGACAGACCAUGUACAACUCAAAGAUCUCCUAGGUUCCCGGAUGUUAGGAUGCAGAAGUUUUGGGAGCAAUAUUAUGCUGACCUCACAAAGGGCCCAGGAUUUCAAGCUAGGCAUCACUGCUUGAAUGCCAACACGUAGAAGUUUUGACUGUUAUUCUACGCCGUUAGCGGAAGCAAUUCUUGUUUUCAACGGGAAAAUGACUGUAAGGUGCCAAGUAGAACGUUGUGAACCUGAGCACAAGAUAUUUCACUACACUGUCUCGUAACAGGAAAUACUAUGUACAUGUUGUACAAAGGUUACUUGAUAAGUUUUUAAAAAAAAAUACACCAAAAACAUUUGUCUUUUAUCUGUUUGUCCAUGUAUGGAAUGUCAUGAAACAUUAAUAUCAACUUUUUCGUCUAUAAAGUAUAUUCUCCACAAUAUUCUGUUUUUUAUAUAAAAUUCAGGAUGGUACCUGAUUGCAUUUCUAUGGCUGUCAUAUCAUUGUUAUUGGGUUUUCUUUUCUUUUCUUUUAUGGUUUCUUUUGGAGAAUUUGCACAGGAAGAGCUAAGUUUAAAACAGAACAAAAGUAAUGAAAAUCUGUUGUUUUUCAGAGAAAAAUCCAUGAAUCUUAACGGGCAUAUGCGUACAUGAGGUCAAGACGCUAAUUAAUUAAUUUUAGUGUAACAAUUUUGAUAAUUGUACCUUCUUUAUUUAUUCUUUGUUUUUACAAUAAUUACUCCUUUGAUUGCAGUUGUUCCUGCAUCAUUCCCCAGUGUGAAUGACACUUUAUAUUAUAUUUUUAGCAAACUCCAUGAAAACUCGGUUGUCUUUCUUUUAUUCCCAUGGGAGAGGAAAGUACAGACUUACUGCCGGAUAUUUUACGAUAAACAUUACUUUUCACUCCGUACAAUCGUUUGGAGUGAAAUGUCGAUUUACUAUAUAGUUCAUAAUUGUUCUCUGAAAAAUGAAAACAAAUAUUAAGAUUUGUAAAUUUUCACAGGUAAUAUUUUGUUAAAUUUUCACCCUCAAAAAGGUUACGUAAUCAUGGUAAUGAAUGGAUCAAUUGAUUCUUGAGAGUGGAUGUACUCGUUAAUGAAAGCUUUUCUGAAUAUUUAAUUGAUUUUUAUUCUUUGUUGAUUACAUACUUUUGUAGAUCAGUUCUUGGGUCGUAUAAAUCUGAUAAAGUAGUUGGUCUAUCUCUCAAAAAUGAUGACUAUGACCUUUUUUGGAUAUUCGACAUUACUCCACUAUAAUUAAUAUCGGCAUGAUUAUUUUUACUAUCUACAGGCGCGUUUGAAUGCACAAUGAAUUUGUUGUCAUCAAAAUGUCAAAUGUUAGUGUAGACCUGAAUGUAAUUAAAUAGAUUUAAUUAGAUUUAAUUAAACAUGCCUUUGUCUUGUUUAACAAGAUUCCAGUCCGUUGUGGAAAGCUGUUAUUUUUUGUAAUUUAAAAGAGCAUUCCAUCGAUUCCACUAUGUCCACGGUGUUGUUUAGAAGAUGUAUAACUUUCAAUUUCAUUAUCAUAUUUUUUCUGGUUCUCUCGGGAAAAUUUUAAUAGUAGAAACCAGACCAAGUUGAUUAUUGAAGCAAAUGUUCACUAUAUAUUUUAACCGUGUCAGUCAGUACUUAACUAACUUUAAGAUGAUGUGAAUUUGUUAAUAAAAAUUAUUCAAUAUGAAGUUAUGAACGUUGUAAUUUGAUAUGUUUAAAGAUGUAUCUUGCCUAAUUUUCUCCUGCUUUCUUCUCUCUUUUCUAAAUCUCUUUCUCCCACAUUUUUUUUCUUCAGAUUUUUCUCCGAGUCUUUAUGUACUUUUUUCUCCCAAACAUGAGAGAUGACAUAUUUGUUGACUCCUUUUUUAACAUGUUUAAUGUGACUUUCUAUUUCCUUUCAUAAUAUAAUUGAUGUAGUUUAUUGUCUCACUUUUGGAGGAAGUAUGUAGUAAAGUGCCUUUUUUAAAUAAUGCAAAUUGACAGUGAGGCAUGGAAACAGAGUUUUCUGAUUGGCCAAAUGUGUGAAAGGGAAAAGAGGGUCAUUCUAACUUGACGAAGAAAAGUAAUAAAUGAAGCAUAACAUUAUUUCUUUUUUUACAAUUAUGAGCUUCUUUUAAAUGAAUAAGGAAAGGCUUCCGAGAUUGUUUUCGAGUUGUGAAACUCAAUGACAGUGAUGUAUAUAUGCGAGUGUUUUUGGUACAGAGGUAUAUUUUUUAGAGAUUGUACAUAAUGGAGAACACUGUUCCCUUUGUGGAGAGAAUGGUUCGUUAAGUUACGUAAGUCAUGCAGUUUCGUCAAAAAAGUGACCCCAAUGUGAUGAAGUUGGCGCGUUAGAUCGAAAUCGAGUAGCUUUAAUUGGAAAUUUCAAAGAGAAAGAUUAUUGAGAGAGGAAAAUAAUGUUGUUUUUUCCAAACGUGAUGUACUGUAUUAAAUUCUUUAUGGAACGCUUUUGAUGUAUUAUUGAAUUUUGAAGGAUAUGUGAACGAUAUGUGUUCGUGUUGUACGAAUCCAUAUUACUUGUACAGCUUGAGUUAUUGAAUAAAGGUUUUGAAUAAAUCUCAAG